UGCACGCCCAAGAAUAGUGUCGCGAUACAGCACGGAGAACAUGAAUGUGGCCAAGUUUUCUCCUGAGAAGGACCAAAAUGGCGACGUAGUCAGUGAGGAUCAUUCCACUGACCUUAAGAACGCAGCAAAAAUGCCCUGGGCCAGACACUUAAGAAACAAAAGGUAUCAGGAGAGCCAAGCAAGCUCUGAAGACAAGCAAGACAGCAAUGCGACUUCACCGUUGGACACCAGUGAUGUUCGAGUUCAAGUGGCUCCAAUGAAGGUAAACAGAGAUACUUCAGAUGAAGAAUGCUUCUUUGAUCUACUGAGCCGUUUCCAAAGUAAUCGUAUGGACGAUCAGCGUUGUACAUUUGAAGAGCGUCAAAAUGGCACGGCAGGGAGUACAUCGCCCCCUGUGUCUCCUCUGCAGGACAGAAUAUCUCAGCCAUCACUCAUUGCAUCCCCACAAACAGAGGAGUUUUUUGACUUGAUAGCAAGUUCUCAGAGCCGCAGAUUAGAUGAUCAACGAGCCAGCGUGGGCAACUUGCCUGGACUGAGGAUCACGCACAACAACAGCCAGGUGGUGAUGGGACAUCUGCGACCUGAUGGAGAUCCUCAGGAACCCGGAGAUGAGUUUUUCAACAUGUUAAUGAAAUGUCAGUCAUCCAGGAUCGACGAUCAGAGAUGUGCACCUCCCAGCCCGGGACCAAGGGGACCCACUGUCCCCGAUGAGGACUUCUUCAGCCUAAUCCAGCGAGUGCAAGCCAAGCGCAUGGAUGAGCAGCGCGUCGACCUUCCUUUGACCCGUGAAGGUCUAGAACAGACCAGGCCUAGCUCCAGCUGAGCAGCGCUUCGCCAACAGACUUGUAAACAAGCAGGACAAAUUGUGCAGAUCCGUGCACCUGCUAACACUGUGAGCAGCAACUGAGGCCAAAAGCUGCCUAAAUGACCCCUCGAGAGGCCAGGGUACAAGCACCAUGCAGCUUCAAGAGAGUUGCUAAGGAGGUGAUUCGCUUCUCUUUGAGGUGAAACUCCUCACACUCAAUACACCUAAAUAGGAGCUUUAGUGUUUCUUUUCGAAUUGGGACAAAAAUCAUAUCUAUGGGAGAUGGAAAGACACAAGCACAGUCUUUGGUUAUUGUUUGAAGUAAUGGCAUUGAAUGAAUGUAAAACUGCUGGUACUAGAAAAAAAUAUACAUUUGAAGUCACACACUGAUGCCCCAUGUACACAAGUCAUUCAUACUUGUAACACAUAUAGAUAAAUCUAAGUUCACAGACGUAUUUACAUAAACACUAUAGACAGUUAGAGAUUAAUUUUCUUUGAUGAUCCACAGUGCAAUCUUAGGUGAAUAUAUUGUUUACUAUCAUAUGAAUGAGUUUGCUAUUAGUUUCUUUGAUGGAGAGGUGUACUUUUUAAAAUUCUGAAAAAUGUUGAGAUCAAACCUUGUGGAAAUGUUUGGGAACGAAUACAACCCUUUCCAUUUCCUGAAUUGGCAUGGUGACACAAUUCCCACUCUUCAGAAAAGGCCAAAAGGCAGAUUCUGUACAUAGUUAUACAGGUUGAUGUAUGGAGCCAUAUCUCACCUGGAUCAAUCUUAAAGGAUAUGGACAGUACCACAGACUUAACUGGAGAAAUCUGAAUGUAUAGCCGAUUUCAUUCAGAAACAGGAGCUGCUGUAUAUUAAUGGUACUGCAGAAUGCUAUAUGAUUACAGCAGAGAGUUACAUCUUAAAGCAAAGGGUUAUUAAGUUCAUUGAAGAUUUCUACACUUGAUCAAAUGGGGACUAAAUAUCAAUGGGAUACUAAUGGAGAUGAAACUUCAAUUUCUGCAGUAGGAUGCUGGCAUGCGACUGCUUAACAAUUGCAUAUGGAACUCCUUCCUCUGUUGUAAAGGAGCUAUUUUACAGAUAACAGGCUGAUGGCACAGCUGAAAUACUGGACAAAAAAGCUUCAUGCAAACAAUGACACUCUAAACAGAGCUGCAUUUCACAGUCAGUGUGUACAUCUUGAGCAUAACUAAAACUUGAAAUGUAACAUUUGCCAUUUAUUGUUUAAUGAUUAUUUCUUUUAUCUUUCCACAAAAUGUUUUUUUAAGAAUGAAUGUAAUUAAGAACCACAAGGGAAUUACUCUGAUGCACUCCUCAAUUCUUGCUUGCUCUUUAAACACGGUGACUCCCCGCAAUUGUCCAAUAACUGACUCCAAGUUGGGAGAAAUGAUGAAAUCUGUUGCCUGUGCAAUUACAUAUGCUAAUAUUUUCAAUCAGUUUUCCAACUUUUCUCCCAAACCUAAAUUUUCCCUUUGUUCCAAAGACUGUGUCCUCUUGCUUUAUUUCCUUAGAACACCACCAGUUCCCUAAAUCAUCAACACAUUAGAAGCAAAAGAUGAUCCUCUUGACCCUGCUUUAUCAUCUCAUAUGGUCAUGACUGAUGAGAUUGUGGCUUUCCGCUGAUAACAUUCAAAUCCCUUGUCAGUUUGUGUUAGUCAUAAGUAGUUAAAAUGCAGAGUCCCCACACAGUUUAAUAUAUAAUUCUUUAUGGUUUCAGUGAAAUGCUAAAGUUUCCAAGUCAUAUUUAUAAUCCAGGUGCUUUGAGUAAUUAACUUUUUAAAAGUAACUUUAUAAAAUUAACACAGCAAAACAACUCGGCUACAUCCUGGGGAGUUCUGAACCCAGGCGCCCUUGCAAAAUUCUUAACAAAAAGCAAGGGAGUUCUAACUGACAUAUAAUCCCUCAGCCAACAUUAGUUAGAACAGAUUAGGAACAAAGGAGUCCAUCCAUUUCUCCCUUGAUGUCUGUUCUGCCACUCAUAGUCAGUCUGCAACCAUGCAGCUACCUUUUGUCCCACAUCCAUUAAUGGCUUUGGUUAAAAGUCUAUCUCGAUAUUAACAAUCAAUCUGGCAUCUGGUCACAAAAGGUGCUAUGUAAACAUGAGUUCUUAUCCUCCAACCUUUUAUUGCUUCAAUGACUUCUGCAGAGUUUGUGUGUAGUUUGGAGGAAGGCGUGUGUGUUUGUGUCUAGUAUGCUAGCACAACCUGUGUCUGUACUAAUCAUUCUUUUUGAAAAUUGUGAGAGAGAAGGAGAGACAAAAAUAAUUUCUGGUACAAAAUUUCCUUUUGCAGCUUUUGUAAUGUUUGUGUUUUCUAUGCAUAUAAAUAAAGUGGUGCCCAAUUCGUUGUUGUAAUAAGAGUAGGUUGAAAAAGUACAAAAUAAAGGUUAAUUAUUUUCUCUAGCUUAAAAAAAAAUCCAGAAAGUUAUUUUAUUGUGUAAAUUUUUUAGAAAUACUCAUGUAGACUUUGAGCUGCAGUUCCAAGGUGUAUUUUAUGCUGUCCCUUGUAAUAAUUCAAACAUUGAAUCCUUGUCUGGUACAUUAUUUUUUCAAACACUGCCAGUACAUAAUGCUUUUUGAUUUUCUGUAAAUAAGAGCCUCAUUUUACCUGAGAUGUAAGUCGAAUGAACUGCAAUGUAUUACAUUUUACACAAGCUUGUAAUAAAAAUAUAAACUGUGCACCAAC